CGAGCUUUAAGGGAAAGCUGGGUAAACCAAUCCAGAUAGCAUAUAGAGAGGGGGUUUUCUCCAUCCCCGGCGAGGCUCCGGCAGCAGGAUUUUUAUCUCUCGGUCUUCAGGAUGAAGCUCUGCGCGAGCGGAAGGGUCAACACAGAUAGAUCACUCACUAAUUCCAGACUUAGCUGGUCUCCUUUGGAAAACUAACAUAAAUGCUGUCUCCCUGUGGUCAAGCCCUUUAAACACAUGAGAGGGAAGGAACACAGACAAACCAUGAAAAAGAUAUACAUUGGCAAAACCGCCUUAAAAGUCCCCCGAAAUGGCGGCAAACAUCCGAAAAAGAGCUCAUUGCUGGAGCAGAAGGAGGACUUACGGAAAAGACUUAACUACACAACACACAAGCUGGAGCUACUGCAGAGCGAAUUUGACUCCACGCGGCAGUACCUGGAGACGGAGCUGCGCAGAGCACAGGAGGAGCUGGACAAGUUUACUGAUAAACUGCGCAGAAUACAAAGUAGCUACUCAGCACUGCAGAGGAUCAACCAGGAUCUGGAGGAGAAGAUCCACAGAAAUUCACAGCACCACGACGAUGAAAAGCGUGCUCUGAGCAGAGAGAUCAUCGUCCUCAACAACCACCUGAUGGAGGCAAAGCUCACCAUCGAGAAGCUUCAAGAAGACAAUGAAAUGUACAGAAAGGACUGUAACCUGGCUGCUCAGCUUCUGCAGUGCAACAAGUCUCUUUACAGGGCCCAACUCUCAGAGCUGCCUGCUGACUUCCAGGAACGCCUGACCAUGCACCUGGAGGAGUCUCCCCUCUGUCACACCUACUCUGACUCUGUCCCGACCUCUCUCAUUGCCAAAGUGCUUGAAAAGCCAGAUGAGGCUUGCAGCAGCAGCCAGGCCUCCCGCUCCCCCAGCCCGCAAACACAGGAACAUGCCUUUAUUUUGGAGAGUUUGGGUCCCGGAGAGCGUUUGGGGCUACGCGGAGCCUAUAAAACUGACCUGUACAGCAGUGACACAGCCCUGUAUUGCCCUGAUGACCGUCACCGUGAGCGGAGGCCCAGCAUGGAUAUUCACGGCGAGAGGAAGCUGCUGUACGGGCCGCAGAACUCCACCGACAGUACUCCAGAGGAAGGUUCGGUUGGGUUGAGAGCUGGCUUCUCCCAGGAGCACUUUGCUAAGUUCCCUCCCCCACUGGGUGCAGCCUCCAGUUCUUACUCGAGUUUUAGUGGAGGGGGGUCUGAGGACAAAGGCAACGGACCGCCCAGCAGUGCAGCUUCUUCCCCCCACCAUCACUCACUCUACAUGGAAUGGAGGGAUGCAGGGGACUAUGAGAGAAAGAGUGACUCAUCCUGGGAGAGGGACAGUCCACGGGGCUUUGCCAAUGCUCAUCCCUUCCAACAGACAGAGCUGAGCCACCAUCAGAACGGCAGCUCUCCCGUCUACAGCCGUACCAUGUCCUCCUGUUUCAGUGAGCCCUAUGAGCCGCUCCCCCCGUCCUCCUCCCCAAGCGUCGCCUAUGGAGACAGCCGUAGAGGCAGCACAUUGGCCCCCGAGGAAGAGGAGCUGAUUGGUCGGUGGAGACAACUUAGCGUGGAGGACUUAAGUGCUCACACCUACCGCAGCCCAGGACGGGCCUCACCUUACAGCUUCUCGGAGCAGCACUUCUCCGUCCGUCCCGCCAAGAUUCGACUUGGGCCGCUCUACAGCAGUUUCCAGGAAGGGGCUGACUACUACCACCACGGAGUGGAUGUCAUGGACCCAGUGUGGGUAGCUGCCAGCCCCAGCCCCGAAUGCAGCCCAGGGCUGCGCCAGGCUCACAGCCAAGCUCACCUGUACCGAGCUGAGGACAGUCAGGGGUCAGAGCACAGCUUGUACCACUCAGGGAGCUCUAAAGACAGGGAGGGAAAUGUCGCAUCUGGAGGCCAGAGCACUGAUUAUGUAGACCCCAGCCCCAACAGCUCCACUGAGUCUCUCCACCAGAGAUCUCUGGAGAUGGCCGCAGAACUGCAGCACUAUCAAGUGGAGAUGCACAGCGUGCCUGCACAGGUGAGCCAGUCGCCACCACCAGCCCCACCCCCUCCUCCUCCGUACAACCAAAAAUUUGGCUCCCUGGGACUUUCCAGGAAGGACAGUCUGACUAAGGCGCAGCUUUAUGGAACACUUCUGAACUGAAGGACUUUCCAAUCAGGUUGCAUCUUCAAUAGUAGACACAGAGCCCUGGUUUGUUCAGCUACACCUUCUCGUAGUGCAGCCAUUGUGAUGGCUUGAAUAGCAGCCAGGAAUGAGUUAUUCAGUAUCAUGAACAUGUAACUAUUGCUGAUCAUUUAAAAGCACUGAUGGCGUGGCAGUGGAUGGCGAUUGUUUACAUUAUAAAUUUCUCAAGGCAGUAAGUCAAGUUAGGGGUCAGAUGUGGGGAAACGGACAAAGAGGAGCUCACAGAGUCCUUAAAACUUUUGAGAAUGUGUAUGUGUUAAACUACAAAUGUACAAAUAUAUACUAACUUAAAAUUGAGUGAUAUAUUUUGUAUGUAGCUGUUAGCAAGAGAUACAUUUAAAAAAACAGUGCAAAAUCCUAUUGGUAAUUCUGGAACUUGUAAAUAAAAAAAAAACUUCCACUGCUUUAUUCUAAAAACCCUGAGAGAGGUAUUUUAAUUGCCCCUUGAUGUGCACAGAGAUUUGUUUCAGUCGUUAUUUUUAAUCUGCUGGAACAGCGAUGGCCUUGUGAUGAUUUACAUUGAAAGGAAGCGAAAAAACAAAGGCAAAUUAGUACCUUAAAUGAACCAUGAGAAACAUUUGUUUUGUUUUUCCUUCUGUUAAAUGGAUUUGACAGUAUUGAUGGGUGUGUUUUAUUGUUAUUGAUGGAACGUUUUGAUCUGUUUUAGCAGUCAGUAUUACUUUCUUUUUUGCUCUUCUAUAUCCCCCAAGAGAGAGGUUUCCUGUCCCCUUUCUACCUCAGAUUUGGAUGCCCACACCCCACCAAACCACUGUAACCCCGUUUAUUUCACAAUGAUGCAUGUUUAUAUAUUUUGGUUGUUUUGUUUGCCUAA